AUGCUGGAUCUGAAGGAGUUUUGGGGACGGAGGGAGUUGCUGGUCUCGAUGGGUCCAAUGGGAAUAAAGGGACCUGUGGGGCCUUCUGGACUAAAAGGCUUUUCUGGGGAUAAGGGAAACACUGGACCUCCUGGACAGAAAGGGCCAAAGGGAGAUGAAGGUGAAAGAGGCAACCGAGGGCCACAGCGAGGAAAAGGGCCCCCAGGGAAACAGGGAUCUCUGGGAAUACUUGGGGUCAGUGGAAGAGCCGGAGUGUCGGGGCUGAAGGGUGAGCUCGGGACCAGAGGUUCUUCAGGGAGACCCGGACAGUUCGGACCGGGAGGAAACACGGGGUCAUCGGGGGUCAAAGGCCAGAAGGGGCUCCGGGGACACAAUGGUCCACCUGGCAGAUUAGGCCCCCCUGGAAGAAUUGGACCAUCGACACCAGGUUUGCCCGGCAACAGAGGAGCUGAUGGAAAGAGUGGAAACCCUGGAGCAAAGGGCGGUCACGGUGAGACGGGGAGACUCGGUGUUCACGGCUUCAGAGGAGAAAUGGGCGUUAGAGGUCAUAAAGGGGCAAAAGGAGAGCCUGGUACGAGAGGAAAAAUGGGCCUCAGUGGUCUGGAUGGGUUACUCGGGGUUGAAGGAAAUCCUGGAGAUCCAGUAGGUUAA